AUGCAGCAUCCUGGAGGAACAUGCGUAGCGUUGCCCAACGUGGACGCCUGUCCCCAGCUGUCCUGCGCCGCCCUCACCUUCAUGUAUUUACAGCAGGGUAACCAGGACACACCAGCACCCCCGGACUCAUCCAUGGCCCAGGCUUACCCAUCAGCCCAGUUUGCCCCAGCACCCCAGAACAGCAUUCAAGCUGAAUUCACAGCUUCACACCCCCAUCCACAUCCACACUCCCACCCACAUCCACACCAGCACCCAGCAGCACCACCGGACUAUACUGGGGUCCAGGCCUCCAUUAGUGAGCAUCCGCUCAACAUGUACCAGUCCUCGCAGAGCCACAGUGAUCAGGGCGGGUCAGAGUCCAGCUGCCAGACGGUCACAGGCACAGCUACACAGACAGAUGAUGCCGCUCAGACGGACAGUCAGCCACCAACACAGUCUGUACCUGAAAGCACAGAUAACAAGGCCCAACCUAAGAGACUUCAUGUCUCCAACAUCCCCUUCAGGUUCAGAGACCCAGAUCUCAGGCAAAUGUUUGGUCAAUUUGGAAAAAUCUUAGAUGUGGAAAUCAUCUUCAACGAGCGCGGUUCCAAGGGUUUUGGAUUCGUAACAUUCGAGCACAGUGUGGAUGCCGACAGAGCCAGGGAGAAAUUACACGGCACCGUGGUAGAAGGUCGUAAAAUAGAGGUCAACAAUGCAACAGCCAGAGUAAUGACAAAUAAGAAGACAGUCAACCCAUAUGCAAAUGGCUGGAAGUUAAAUCCAGUGGUCAGCGCUGUCUACAGCCCAGAAUUCUAUGCAGUACCAGGUUUUCCCUACCCAGCAGCCAAUGCAGCAGCAGCAUACAGAGGAGCCCACCUACGGGGACGAGGAAGGACGGUAUACAAUACAUUUAGGGCAGCUGCUCCGCCUCCCCAUAUUCCAGCUUAUGGAGGUGUUGUUUACCAGGAUGGAUUUUAUGGUGCAGAUAUUUAUGGUGGUUAUGCUGCCUACAGAUAUACCCAACCUACUGCUGCCACAGCUGCUGCAUUCAGUGACAGUUACGGACGAGUAUACGCUGCCGACCCCUACAACCACACACUCACUCCAGCAGCCACAUACAGCGUUGGUGCCAUGAACGCAUUCACCCCAUUGACAGAUGCCAAAACUCGGAGUCAUGCUGAUGACGUGGGGCUGGUGCUGUCCUCUCUCCAGGCCAGUAUAUACCGGGGAGGCUACAGUCGCUUCGCACCCUAUUAG